AUGGAGGACAAAUGCUUGAUUGCAAAAGAUGUUACAGGAUUAAUUAGGAAUACCCCAUUGGUAUAUUUGAACAAAGUUGUGGAUGGUUGUUUAGCCAGUAUUGCAGUGAAGCUAGAGGCAAUGGAGCCCUGCUCUAGUGUCAAAGAUAGAAUUGCUUUGAGCAUGAUCAAAGAUGUAGAAGAUAAGGGACUGAUUCAACUUGGGAAGACUGUCCUAAUUGAGCCUACCAGUGGUAAUUCUGGCAUAGAGUUGGCAUACAUUGCAGCAGUUAAAGGCUACAAACUUAUCCUUGCCAUGCCUGCUUCAAUGAGUAGAGAAAGAAGAAUUGUUCUCAGAGCUUUUGGAGAUGAACUGCACCUCACAGAUCCAGUGAAGGGUAUUAAGGGAAUUCAUGAGAAGGCUGAGUUACUGGAAAAGACCCCUUAUGGCUAUAUGCUUAAGCAAUUUGCAAAUCCUGCCAACCCAAAGAUUCAUUAUGAAACUACAGGGACAGAGAUUUGGAGAGGCUGCGGAGGAAAAGUUGAUGUCUUUGUUUCUGGGGUGGGGACUGGGGGAACAGUCACUGGAGUAGGAAGGUUCCUCAAGGAGAAAAACCCAGAUAUCAAGGUAUACGGUGUUGAACCAGCGGAAAGCGCAGUUCUGAAUGGAGGAGAGCCUGGCCUUCAUAAGAUCCAAGGAAUUGACCCUGGUUUCAUCACUCCUAUUUUGGAUGUCAGCAUACUUGAUGAAGUUGUUCCAAUAUCAAGUGAAGAAGCAAUUGAAACUGCUAAGCUCCUUGCAUUGAAGGAAGGCUUGCUGGUGGGGAAACCUUCUGGAGUAGCUGCAGCUGCUGCAAUAAAGAUAGCAAAGAGACCUGAAAAUGCUGGGAAACUCAUAGUGGUAGUUUUCCCCAGCUUCGGAGAGCGGUACUUGUCCACAGUCCUGUUUGAUUCCAUCAGGUAG